AUGGGUGGUCGCCUUCUUCGUUCUUUGUUCGGCCUCGCAUUGCUUGCGGGGCUGUUCGCCGUCGCCUCCUCCUCCACGGGUGUCGGCGUGCCCACCACUACCUACAACGACCAAUUCCCAGGCGGUGUGGAGUCAUAUCGCGGGCGCCGUGCGGUCGAUGAGAGCACCCAGUGCGUGUACGUGGCCUCGCUCAAGACGUCGAUGGACUCGGGCAACGUCGGGCUCAAGGGCUCGGUGGUGGCCUACAACGAGAGCGGGCUGGCGGUGGCCACCUUCACCUCCAUGCCGCUCGCCGUAGCCGUCGAUCCCGUCAGCUACAGCCUCUUCGUCUCCACGCCCGCCAACAUCCAGCAAUACGACAUCAGCGCGAACCUGGCGAGUGGUCAGAUGUCGUGUCCGUGCUCCUUUUCCACCCUCUCGGUCGGCGAGAGCGUCAUCCAGUUACGUCACACUCCUCCCCUCUAG